AUGUCAUGGACAAAAUUCGAUUCUGUGACCCUGGAGUUUACGAGGAUUGUCAUCGCUGUCCAGGUCAUGGCAGCAGGAGUUUCGCUACCCAGGUCGUACAUGGUGAAAGAGAAGCGGUCGCUGUUUAUGAUGAUUGUGCCGCUCAUGGUUCUGAUGUGGCUCACGUCAGCCUUGUUGAUCUGGGCCAUGAUUCCCAACCUAGAUUUCGUCGAGUCAAUGGUACUGGCAGCAUGUGUGACACCCACGGAUCCUGUCUUGUCCAACUCGGUCGUCAAGGGUCGCUUUGCAGAGAAGCACGUGCCACCCAGGAUUCGCUACCUACUCUCCGCAGAGUCCGGUAUCAACGACGGCAUGGGACUACCCUUUUUGUUCCUGGGUCUCUACUUGAUGCGCGAGAGGACGAUCGGAACUGCGGUCGCCAAAUGGUUCUAUAUGGUCUGGGCAUACCAGAUUCUGCUGAGUAUUGUCCUUGGAGGCUUGAUUGGCGCGGCGGCUAGGAAGUUGGUCAAGGGUGCCAAGAACAGGAAUCUGAUUGACAAGGAGUCGUUCUUGGUGUUCUCGAUUGCGUUGGCUUUGGCUGUUGCAGGAUGUGUCAGUAUCUUGGCGUCGGAUGAUCUGCUCGCGUGUUUUAUUGCCGGCAACGUCUUUGCCUGGGACGACUGGUUUUCAAACGAGAUUGCAGAGGCGCAUAUUCAGGAGACGAUCGAUAUGCUUCUCAACUUGGCGUGUUUUGUCUACAUUGGCGCCUCAAUCCCAUUCGCCAACUUCCACGACAUGGCCCUAGAACUCUCCGUCUGGCGCCUCAUCGUACUCGCAAUCUUGAUCCUCAUGCUGCGUCGACUCCCCUUUGUGAUGGCGCUCAAGAGGUUCAUUCCGGCGUUAGCCAGUUAUCGAGAGGCAGCGUUCGCAGGGUGGUUCGGACCCAUCGGUGUCGGAGCUGUGUUUUUCUCCAAAGUGACCGCAUCCUUAACCAACCCCGACAACCUGGGCGACAAUCCGCAUAAUGUUGAGCGACUCCUUCGUGUUCGAUCGGUGGUUUAUCCUGUCGUCAUGUUUUUGGUCCUCUCGAGCGUGUUGAUCCAUGGUGUCACGGUGCCGUUGCUGCAUCUGCAGUACAAGUAUACGAGGACUUGGUCCAGGAAGCGGGAGGAGUCGAGCCAUGUGGUCACACGACUGCCGCAUAUUAAUAUUGGGGAUGAGAUUGUGUUCCGCCCUCCGACUACCAGUGCGUCGAGCGUUGGUGGGUUAAUGGAGGGCGAUGCUGAGCAGCGGACGAUUGGGUAUGACAACCAGAGGUCUAUUAAUCAGAGGUCGAUGCUGGGAUUCAAUGGGUAUGGACCGGAUCUGAGCAGAACGAGUACCAACAACACUAGGACUCUGGAUGAUGUGGUCCAGGAGAUGAGGGAGGCUGCAAAGGUUAAAGGAGUCAGAAGUCCGAAUGCUGCGGUAUUGAGUAUGGGUGGUUCUACCCCUGUUCUUGAUAGUAGUGGAGUGCAUCCAUUGGCGAUGGUCAGCAGCAACGAGUCACCUUACCCCAAGAUCCAGAUCGAUGACCGCGGUAGUCAUAACAGCAACAGGAGUGCAGGACAGCAUCAACAGGAGUUCGACAUUGGUGCUCCGAACGACGAGGCACAGAUCUUGCAGUCGUUGAAGGCGAGUCAUCCGGCGAGCCAGGGCCUUCGUAUCCAGCAGCAGCAGUCGUUGUCGAGCGGUGCCCGGUCGGUGUCUGGUUCUGGAUCCUCGGAUGAUUCAGCAAGGACUAUAUCUGGAUCCCUCCUUGACCCGCCACCAUUGUUGUCGAAUCAGCAACAUAUAUUACAUGGUAGUGACACAGAACAAAUCAUGGCCGAAUAUCUUUACGACGAUCCUCGCCACCAAAGGAACAGCAACGAGUACCGAGAAGUGGAGCGGGAGGAGGAUAAUGGAGUCAUUCGGAUCGUGACCCACGAGGCCGGGAAACCAGAUCAGGUGCAGAUCCAACUUGACCAGAGACACGAAGAUCAUCCUCACCAAGUAGACCAACAACUACUGCAACAGCAAAGGCAACCUCCUGUCCUUCCGUAUGGGCCAUUGAAUGUCGGAUCUGCGUCGACACCACCCGCCCCACAACCACAUCAAGCACAGCAACAUCAGCCGCCACCAUCAUCGUCACGAAGGCAGCAACAUGCCUUCCAUGUCGACAUCGAUUCUUCAUCUCCUUGA